CACGCGCUGAGCCACGAUGCCCGCCCUGUCAGACUACAUCGACUUGUCGCAGCCGAGCCUGUGGGUCGCAGUCGGCUCCAUCUGCUUCAACCCGCUCUUCUGGAACUUUGUCGCCCGCCAGGAGUACCGCAACAAGGUCUUGACCAAGCUCGCACUCCGCAAGCCUUACCUCGGGUGCUACCUCCUCGGCGUCACCAUCUUUGGCCUCGGCAUCCUGCGCGACCACCUGUACCAGACCGCCCUCGCGUCGCAGCCGACCCUCCCGUUCCUGCACUACACCGAGUUCAAGCUCGUCGCCGCCGCCGUCUUUGCGUGGGGCAGCAUCCUCGUCGGGACCUCGAUGUGGGCCCUCGGGUACACGGGGACGUACCUCGGCGACUACUUUGGCAUCCUCAUGGACCACAAGGUCGAGUCGUUCCCGUUCAACGUCACGUCGUCGCCCAUGUACACGGGCUCGACCCUGUGCUUCCUCGGCACGGCCCUGUGGUACGAAGCGCCGGCAGGCCUCGUCUUGACGGCGCUCGUCUACGUCGUGUACCAGCUCGCGCUCGCCUACGAGGACCCCUUCACCGGCGCCAUCUACGCCCGCCGCGAGGCCGAGCGCGCCUCGGCAGCGUCCAAGGGCAAGCAGAUCGACGCGGCGCCCGCCCAGGCGUCGUCGAGCGCGGUGCGCUCGCGCCGGAGCGAGCUCUGAGGGAGGAGGCUUGAGAGGGGCAGUAUGACGGGAGCGAGGGAGCGAGGGAGGGGGAGAGAGAGAGACGGCGAGCCGAGCGCGAGCUGCGGGGGAGGGUGGCACGCACCGCCCUGAUGAUAUCCUUCUGUUCAACCACCAAUACCCCCCUGCCGAGUAGUGCCGUACACAGCGCCUUGUCAACCAAGGACCGCCCGAGAUGUUGUCGAAAAAUCCGGGACGCCGUUUGUCCG